CUGCUGCCGCCAGCGCGCAGGUGGCAGCGGUAGCGGCAGGGGUGGGGGUGAAGCCGGCGGCGGAGGUAGGCGCAGCUGACGCGGCGAGGGCGGCGGCGGCAGGGAAGGUGCAAGCAGCAGCAGCAGCAACGUCGGCUGUGGCGGAGGAGCUAUCAGUACCGGAUGCGCCAGGUGCUGUGGGUUUGACAGCCGGUGACAACGCUCCGCUGGCGGCAGAGGUGGCUGGGGGAGCUGUGGCAGAGGCCGCUGCGAGGGGGAUGCUGCGGCCAGGCAGCAACGGCGCCGCUACUGCCACUCCUAAGACUGCUGCUGGUGCUGCUACUGUUGGUACGACAGCUGCCGACCUGCCGUCGCUGGACCGUCAGCGGCUUGUGUCUGUCGUACUAGACAGCGCACGGGAGGCCCUCCUGUCCACUCCUGCCGUACCUCGCCUUGUGGAUCAGACCCUGCUGCGACCGCGGCCGCAACGCAGGACCCCCCCUGGAGCCCCACCACCCGCCGACGCUGCUGCAAGCGUACCUGCUGCUACUGCCGCCGCCCCGGUUGCCGUACCGCCAGCACCGCCAGCCCCGUCAGCAGCAGGGACCGGCGCCUCCGUCUCCCCUGCAGUUGUACCUUCGGGGGGGCUCUCAUACGCCCCUCAAAGCAGCGCAGCUACGUCGCCCGUUACCCUCUAUAUGCUGCCAGCCACCCGCCUCCUCCACCCGCACCCGCCACCUCAACCCCUCUCUCCUCCUCUUCCCUGCCCCGCACCCUCCCCGCCCCCGCCUCCGCCCCCCCGCACCGACGCCUCCGACCCCGCCCGCCUGCUGUCCCCCCGCGACCUCACCACCUCCCUGGUCGGUGCCCCCUCCUGGGUGCAAGUGGCACAGCUGGUGCACCGCUGGCCCGCGCAGCUCAACGAGAUCAGCGUCACGGCGGCGCUCAAGCGACUGGCGCACUGCUGCACCCCACAGAUGCUGGACCCCGCCCGCUCCGACAGCUCGGCGCUGCUCAGCAUGAUGCAGCACCUUUGCUUCCAGGUGGACCAGCACCUGCCCCGCAUGCGCCCCCGCGAGCUCUCCCAGG